CUAGCCCAUAAUUUAUCUCUUUGCAUCUGCGGUACAUUUUAAGAUGACUCUGUCAUUAGCCGUCUAAACUCUUUCUACUUGAUCCUGAAACACAGCAUGCCUCCCGAUGAUGAACAUGAGCUGCAGACUAUGAUUCCAGAUGAGAGAGAAGAACUGCAUGUAGGUGGAAAGCAACUAGUAGGCUUCAUGCAGAGAAAGAAUUUCUUUUCCUCCGGCUUGGUCUCACUGUAAACAUUCCGCUUCAGAGAAAUAAAAUGGUAAGGACAAUUGAGGAUAGAGAUGUAUUUAUGGCUUUUCCUAAUAUAUUUGGGGUUAUAUUUAAAGACGAGCCUUUGGUGCACAUGCUUUGGUUCUUAGAAGUAAGCUAGUCUAAGAUAUGAUUUGUGAAAAUCACACCCAAGUGACUCAAUUUAUUCUUCUCGGCUUCACAAACAACCCUGAAAUGCAAGUUUCCCUCUUUGUUUUAUUCCUGCUCAUCUAUUUGGUCACUUUGUUGGGCAACUUCCUUAUUGUCACCGUUACCAGUGUGGAUCCUGCUCUUCAAACACCCAUGUACUUCUUUCUCAGAAACCUGUCCCUUCUUGAAGUCUGUUUCACCUUGGUCAUGGUGCCGAAGAUGCUGGUAGAUCUGGUGUCCUCAAGGAAGAGCAUCUCUUUUGUAGGCUGUGGUACCCAGAUGUACUUCUUUUUCUUCUUUGGCAGCUCUGAAUGUUUCCUCCUCUCCAUGAUGGCUUAUGAUCGCUUUGUGGCCAUCUGUAACCCUCUCCGUUAUUCAGUCGUAAUGAAUAGGUCGCUGUGUUUGUGGAUGGCUCUAGGUUCUUGGAUGUCUGGUGUUCCUGUCUCUAUGCUGCAGACAGCUUGGCUGAUGGCCCAUCCUUUCUGUGGACCAAACACCAUAGACCACUUCUUUUGUGAUGGGCCCCCAGUGUUGAAACUAGUCACCCAGGAUACAACCAUGUAUGAAAUGCAAGCACUUGCCUCCACACUGCUAUUUAUCAUGUUUCCCUUUUCCCUCAUUUUGGUCUCCUACACCCGUAUUAUUAAAACCAUCUUGAUGAUGCCCUCUGCUACUGGCCGCCAGAAGGCAUUCUCCACUUGUUCAUCCCACCUCAUUGUGGUAUCCCUUUUCUAUGGAACGGCCAGCUUGACCUACCUACGACCCAAAUCCAACCAGACCCCUGAGAGCAAGAAGCUAGUGUCAUUGUCCUACACUGUCAUCACACCUAUGUUAAAUCCUAUCAUCUACAGCCUGAGGAACAAUGAGGUGAAGGGGGCAGUUAAGAGGACUGUCACUCGAAAAGUCUUACGGAAGUUAGAUGUGCCUUGAAUUCUCCUGUGUAGAGUUUCUGUAAGCAAAGUAGGAGCACCAGAACCCAUGAACAAAAGCUUAAAAGGAGUGGGGAGUUUGCUCUUAUUUUGUCAGGGUCAGUUACCAUGAUGGGUGAACCUUAUUGUCACCAUUGGAGUCACAGUUCAAGUUGGGAUAACUGCGAACAUCUUUAUGAAGGGAUUAUUGACAAAUCGUGGGGCAGCUCAUAUGAUGGAAAUUCCAU